AUGACUGUAGACAAACGGGGAGAUUCUGUCAAUAUGGAUAAUUUUUCUAAAGAUACCGAAAGGUUUGUCUGUUGGUUAAAUAAUAUCGCUAAAAUUGAAGUAUCUCCGAAGAUUGAAAUCAAAGAUCUUUGUUGCGAUAAUCAAGGCCGUGCAAUAGUUGCUACUCAAAAAAUUAAGAAGGAUGAAACGUUGUUUAAAAUACCUCGUAGUUCAGUUUUGAGUAUAACAACGUCUCAAUUAAUAACAGAUCACCCUUCUCUUAAGCACAAAUUUUUGAACGAAAUCGGAUCAUGGGAAGGUUUAAUUAUGUGUAUACUCUAUGAGAUGGAAGUUUUGCAAGAGAAAAGCCAAUGGGCGCCUUACUUUAAAGUUUGGAACAAGCCCACCGACAUGAACACGUUAAUAUUUUGGGAUGAGAAGGAAUUGCAACUUUUGAAACCAUCACUUGUCCUUGAAAGAAUAGGGAAAAAGGAAGCUAAAGAGAUGCAUGAAAGGAUUAUUAAAUCCAUCAAACAAAUUGGCGGAGAAUUUUCAUGCAUAGCUACUUCUUUUGGAUUUGAUAAUUUCGCUUAUAUUGCAAGUAUUAUAUUGAGUUAUUCCUUUGAUUUGGAAAUACGAGAUCAGGAUACAAAUGAAAAUGAAGAAGAUGAAACCAGUGAAGAAGAACUUGAAAAUGGGCGUUACUUGAAAUCGAUGAUUCCACUUGCUGAUAUGUUGAAUGCAGACACUAGCAAAUGCAAUGCUAAUUUAACGUACGACUCUGAUUCCUUAAAAAUGAUUGCCGUGAGGGAUAUUGAGAUGAAUGAACAGGUGUAUAAUAUAUAUGGAGAACAUCCAAAUUCCGAACUAUUAAGAAGAUAUGGGUAUGUUGAAUGGGACGGUUCCAAAUACGAUUUUGGAGAAGUUUUACUUGAAAACAUAGUUGACGUAUUGAAAGAGACUUUUAAUACGAGUAAGAAAUUUUUGGAAAGUUGCAUGGACAUCCUACGCAAUAACGCCAAUAUCCAAGAAUUGUUAGAGGGUGAAGAGAUAGUACUAAAUUCAUAUGAUUGUUAUUCAAACGGUGAGUUGUUGCCCCAAUCAAUAUGUUUAGUUCAAAUCUUGACAAUUCUUUGCCAAAUUCCAGACUUAUGUAAACUAGAUAUAAAAUCAAUGGAAAGGCAAGUGGAGAGAAUUGUAAAGAAAUGUUUGCAAUUGAUAGAAGGUGGUCGCACCACUGUAAACUGCAGUGCAACAUGGAAACGUUGCAUUAUGAAGCGCCUAGCCGAUUACCCCUUAAAAAAGUGCCUUUUUUUUGAACAACCAUCGGAGGGAAACUCAUUAACAAAGGAAAAAUUGAGAGAUAUUAUGGCUCUGAGAGUUUUGAAAAGCGAAGCAGAUUCACUGCGAGCUUGUGAGAAAUCCAUCGACAAGAAUUACAAAAUUAUACCUGAUGAAAAGCUGCUAACUAAUAUCUUGAAGAGGAAAUUGACAAAAGAGGAAGAAAGCUCUGUCAAACGUCCUUGCGUACAGAAGUGA